GGGUGUUUUAUCCAGUCUAGUCUACGCGCCUCUUUCUCUCUCCGAUGUUCUUUUCGCCCUUUCUUUCUGAAUUCAUAAUUCCAAGUCCUUCCCAUUUCUCUCGCCAUUUUUUAUUUUUUUAUUUUUACCCGGGUUUUUUGUUCUUGCUCCCUUCAAUCUCUCUCUCUCUCUCUCUCUCUCUCUCUCUGCCCUACUGUCACUUCUCUCUACUCUUUCAAUUCUCAUUCUUAAUUCUUCAACUUCUCUUCUUCCAUUUUUUUUUUUUUUGUUUUGAUUUUCAUUAUUUCGAUUUUUCGUAGACCGACUUUGAUUGUUUUUCUUUUUCAUUUGGACUUUUCCCCCCACGGUUGGGGUUUAAUUGCCGGGAAGUUCUCGGGAUUUUGUCUUUUUAGCUCGCUAAUUUUCUAUCUGGCUUUGAAUUGGUGGAUUUUGUGCUGAAUUUCGAAGGUUUUGGCUGUGAUCGGACCUUUUAAUUCUAAGAUCUGUUCUGCUUCGGUGGUCAAUUUUGAUCUGGUUAGUGUUUUAUUCAGCUACGGGUUUGGAUCAGAUCGAGGAAGAAACAGCGCCAUCCGAUGGCGCUGUUCAGAAGGUUCUUUUACAGGAAGCCGCCGGAUCGGCUUCUUGAAAUCUCCGAGAGAGUCUAUGUGUUUGAUUGCUGCUUCUCCACGGAAGUGUUGGAAGAAGAAGAAUAUAAGGUCUACUUGGAUGGCAUUGUAGCACAGUUGCAAGGCCACUUUCCCGAUGCCUCUUUCAUGGUUUUCAACUUCAGAGAAGGUGAUAGGCGUAGUCAAAUUUCUGAUGUACUGACUCAGUAUGACAUGACAGUUAUGGACUAUCCUCGGCAAUAUGAGGGGUGUCCUUUACUGUCAUUGGAGAUGGUUCACCACUUCCUUCGAUCUAGUGAAAGCUGGUUGUCGGUGGAGGGUCAACAGAAUGUUCUAUUGAUGCACUGUGAAAGAGGAGGAUGGCCUGUUCUUGCAUUCAUGCUAGCUGGUCUUCUCUUGUAUAGAAAACAAUACAGUGGGGAGCAGAAGACCCUUGAAAUGGUCUACAAGCAAGCUCCUAAGGAACUUCUCCAUCUUUUGUCUCCUUUAAAUCCUCAGCCUUCCCAUCUGAGAUAUCUUCAAUACAUUUCCAGGAGAAAUUUAGGUUCUGAUUGGCCUCCAUCGGAUACACCUCUAGUUUUGGAUUGUUUAAUACUUAGAGUUCUACCUCUUUUUGACGGGGGGAAGGGAUGUCGGCCUGUUGUGCGUGUUUAUGGUCAAGACCCCUCAACACCAGCAAAUAGAACUUCAAGGCUUUUAUUUUCAACAUCAAUCAAAAGAAAACAUAUCCGCAACUACCUACAGGCAGAGUGUAUGCUGGUGAAAAUUGAUAUUCAUUGCCAUGUCCAAGGAGACGUAGUUCUUGAAUGCAUCCAUUUGGAUGAAGAUCUAGUGCACGAGGAGAUGAUGUUUAGAGUUAUGUUUCACACAGCAUUCGUAAGAUCAAACAUUAUGAUGCUGAACCGUGACGAAGUUGAUGUUUUAUGGGAUGCAAGGGACCAAUUUCCUAAGGACUUCAGAGUUGAGGCACUCUUUUUGGAUGCUGAUGCUGUUGUCCCCAGUCUCACCACAGCCUUAGACGAUGAAGAUGGUAAUGAAACUGGAGCUGCUUCUCCUGAAGAAUUUUUUGAGGUUGAAGAGAUCUUCAGUAAUACAAUGGAUGGGCAGGAAGCAAAGGGGUCCAAUGAUCCUCAAGUGGUCAAGCAUGUAAACCGGAACGAAGAUUUGAAGGAGGACUUGGAUCCUCAUGCAUUCCAAGAUUGUGCAUCUGACGAUGGAAAUCAUCUUAGGCAUGAUAAGAAAUCAGAUUUUGAUGCAGUGAAGGACAUUACUGUGGAUGAUGUGAGGUACAAACUGGAUGAAAAUAUAUAUCCUGAUCUUAAUGUAGUUAAGGACAUUGGUGUAGAUGAUGGGGAUAUGAAUUCAAAUUCCUUCAUGGUUGCUGCUAAUGUCCUGACCCAUGUGGAAGCCCAGGGUUUGGUGGAUGAUGCAUACGAGAAAUUUGAAGAUAUAGAAGAAAAGGAUGAUGGUAGAUAUACUACAACUGAGAAAUUGGAAAACAAGGCUCUGCAGAAAAAGUUGAGUGCUGAUGGUUCAGAAUCUGAAAAAUUGCAAAUACCGAUUUCCAAGAAACAGCCUAUUUCAAGUGCAAAACCGACCACUGAUAUGGGUUUAACUGAACAGAAAGUCGAACAACAAGAGGCUCAAGGGUUUUCUGGAAAACAAGCAAGGCCAAAUAUAGUUUCUAGGUGGAUCCCACCUAACAAAGGCUCCUAUAUGAAUUCUGUGCAUGUUUCCUAUCCGCCUUCAAGAUAUAACAGUGCCCCUGCUGCCACUCUCAGUUCCCUAGUUGCUACAGAUGUGAAUAAUGACGUGGACUCUAUAAGGCCUUCAUACUCUGCACUUGGGGAACUCGUGCUUGGCCCAUCGUCUCCAGUUGAGUCGAUAGAGGAGACAUAUUCUUCCUCUGAAACUUUAAAACCAUCACACUGCGAUCCACAACUUGAAGUACCUCCUCCCCCACUGCCCACAAAGCCUCCAUCUCCAUAUUUUCCAUCACCCCCCCGAGCAAAUGCAAUACCUCCUCCACCACCUCCACCACCUCCACCACCUACUUCAUUUCAUCAUAUUGAGUCAACGUACUCUCCUCCACCACUUUCUGUGUCUUCAGCACCACCACCCCUAGUUAGCUCAUCAAAGACUGUGAUUACCCCUUCCCCUCCCCCUCCCCCUCCAUUCAGUAGGCAGAAUAGUGUUUUUUCCCAUUCUUCUACACAACCAUCAUGGGAGCAAAUAUAUUCUUCCGUUUCUAAUGCAAUGGUGGCUGGUUCUAUACCGCCUCCCCCUCCACCACCCCCACCACCACCUCUCUCCUCUCUCUCUCUGGUUAGGCCAUAUACAUCAAAGAAUAUUGCAAGUACUCCUCCAGCACCUGUUUUAUCCCCUCCCCCACCUUCUGUGAUGCAUGAAACACUUGCUUCACCACCUCCACCAUCCUCACCUGCUUCAUAUGGUGAUAAAGCAUCACCAACUCUAGCAUCUCCAGCACCCUCCCCUAUUACUUCAGUUCAUGGUGCUUCUCCACCCCCGCCCCCAACACCUCCACUUAUUACUUCAGUUCAUGGUGCUUCUCCCCCACCCCCACCCCCAUUAAUGUAUGAGGCAUUUCCUUCACCAUCUCUAAUGAAAAGAACACCACCUCCACCACCUCCACCCCCACCCAUGCAUGGUGCAUCUCCAACAACAUCUUUAUUAGGACCACCACCUCCUUCGAUGCAUGGGGCUUUUCCACCAUUGCCUCCUCCACCACCUCCGCCUCCACCAAUCCAUGGGACUCCGUCACCAUCACCACCCCCACCACCACCGCCUCCACCAAUGCACGGGGCUCCUCCCCCACCACCACCUCCUCCACCAAUGCACGGGGCUCCUCCUCCACCACCACCACCACCUCCACCAAUGCAUGGGGCUCCUCCACCCCCGCCACCACCUCCUCCUAUGUAUGGGGCUCCUCCCCCACCACCACCUCCUCCUAUGUAUGGGGCUCCUCCCCCACCACCACCUCCUCCAAUGCAUGGGGCCCCUCCCCCGCCGCCGCCACCACCUGGUGGAGGGAGAGCCCCUCCCCCACCGCCACCACCACCCGGUGGAGGGAGAGCCCCUCCCCCGCCUCCACCACCACCCGGUGGUGGGAGAGCCCCUCCACCGCCUCCCCCACCCGGUGGUGGGAGAGCCCCACCACCACCUCCCCCACCGGGUGGUGGUGGAGCCCCAGCACCCCCUCCCCCUCCGGGAGGUCGUGGAGCCCCACCCCCUCCUAGACCUCCUGGUGGUGGUGGACCUCCUCCACCUCCACCACUAGGUGCAAGAGGAGCAAACGCUCCACCUGACCCUAGAGGUUUGUCCUCUGGAAGAGGGCGUGGGCUAUCACGCUCAACAGCUACAGCACCUCGAAGGUCCUCCUUAAAGCCCCUACAUUGGAGCAAAGUAACGAGAGUUCUGCAAGGGAGCCUGUGGGAAGAACUGCAGAGAUAUGGAGAACCUCAAAUUGCACCAGAGUUUGAUGUGUCUGAGUUAGAGAGCCUCUUUUCUGCAAAUGUUCCCAAACCAGCUGAUGGAGGUAAAUCUGGAGGGCGAAGGAAGUCUGUUGGAUCCAAAAGUGACAAAGUUCACCUGAUUGACCUCAGAAGAGCUAAUAACACUGAAAUUAUGCUCACCAAAGUAAAGAUGCCUCUUCCUGAUAUGAUGGCUGCAGUGCUAGCUAUGGACGAGUCAGUAUUAGAUGUUGAUCAGGUGGAAAAUCUCAUAAAAUUUUGUCCUACGAAGGAGGAGAUGGAACUUCUUAAGGGAUACACUGGUGAUAAGGAUAACCUUGGAAAGUGUGAACAGUAUUUUUUGGAGCUGAUGAAAGUGCCUCGAGUAGAGUCAAAGUUGAGAGUGUUUUCCUUUAAGAUUCAGUUCGGCUCUCAGAUAUCAGAAUUUAAGAAGAGUUUAAAUACUGUCAACUCUGCAUGUGUCGAGGUUAGGAAUUCUGCCAAACUGAAGGAGAUUAUGAAGAAAAUUCUUUAUCUGGGGAAUACACUGAAUCAAGGAACAGCAAGGGGUUCUGCAGUUGGCUUCAAGUUGGACAGUCUUUUAAAGCUUGCUGAUACACGUGCUUCUAAUAAUAAGAUGACACUCAUGCAUUAUCUUUGCAAGGUCCUCGCUUCAAAGACACCAGCUCUUCUUAAUUUUCAUUUGGACCUCGGUAGCCUAGAGGCAGCAACCAAGAUACAAUUGAAGUCUUUAGCAGAAGAAAUGCAAGCUAUAAUUAAGGGGUUAGAAAAGGUCAGGCAGGAGCUUGUUGCUUCUGAAGGUGAUGGUCCAGUCUCUGAAAUUUUUCGCAAGACGCUGAAAGAAUUUAUUGCUAUCGCUGAGACAGAGGUGGCAUCAGUGACAAAUCUAUACUCUACUGUGGGUAGAAAUGCAGAUGCACUUGCACUAUAUUUUGGUGAGGAUCCAGCUCGUUGUCCAUUUGAGCAGGUUACAGUGACAUUAUUGAACUUUAUGAGAUUAUUUCGGAAAGCCCACGAAGAAAACUGCAAACAGGCCGAACUGGAAAGGAAAAAGGCGGAGAAAGAAGCUGAAAUGGAGAAAGCCAAAGGAAUUAGCCUUACGAAGAAGAGUGUGAAAUAGGUGAUAUACUUGAGUUCUCCUUAGCACGGGAGAUUGAGCUUUUGUCCUGCAAUUGCAACUCGGUUGUCACCUUGGGGCCGAGGGGAAGCAUGCCUUGUGACCAGCUUCAAAGAAAAUCCAAUUUGAGAUAUGUUCUGCAGUGCUAAAACCUCGAUGAACAUGGAUAAACACAUGGGCUGUUUAUUUGUGCCUGCAGAACUUCUGAGUUGGCCAAGUUGUUUAUUUGUACAUAGUUGACGUGCUGCUACCUGGACCAACAGAAUCGUGUCCCAACUCAACCGAUCUUUCACACUUGAAUAGACAUAUCAACCAUGGAGAUAACAUUGGGUGCUGACCAUCUUCGCGAAUCAAAGGUAUUCCAUGUGCUGGCAGCUUCAAUUCUGAUUAUGGGUUUGGCUCCUCCGGCAGAUUUUUUCAGAAUAGUGUUUACAAUCCUAGAUCAGUGUUUGGAUUAAAGUAGGUGAUCUGGUUUCGGCUUUGACAAUGAAUGCAUGUGGCACAAAAGUUUUGGGCAGAGAAUUUGCAUAUCCUUGAAAUCCAGCCGUAGCACGAAGCCAUGUACAGAGCGAGCCUCUCUAACCAUUCCAUACAUUAGAAUGUAAAUUUUUUUGUUGUUUGAUGUAUCAUGAAAAUAGUUUCUCUCCCUCUUAUUUGUAGAUUUUUUUUGACUCAAACCCGUCCUAGAGAUGUUGUAUAGCGCAGAUUCAGAGAGUAAUUAGAAGACGGGUUCUCCCACCACUGUAAUUGUAAUAUAAAUCGAAAAUAUAGGCCACGUUUGAAAUCCUCUCGUUUCUCU